AUAAGGGCGGUGUGGGCAGGGAGAGCCCGACAGAAGUGCAGCACCACAGUGCAGCCAGGAUGGGAGCACAGAGCCUGGCAGUGGCUUGCGGGGCACUGGCUUUGUGCCUGACACUCGCUGGGGCCACCAACCCUGGCAUUGAGGUGCGGAUCACCCAGGCAGGCUUGGACUAUGCACAUCUACAGGGGAUGGCGAUCCUGGAGAAGGAGUUGACCCAUGUGAAGCUGCCAGACUUCUCUGGUGACUUUCGCAUUCGGCAUGUGGGGAAGGUGCACUAUGAGCUCUCCAGUUUGGACCUUCAGAAUUUCCACUUGCCGUACUCGAGGAUUUCCCUCGUCCCCAGUGUGGGCCUGCAGGUCUCCAUCUCCAACGCCUUUGCUGAUGUGAAUGGGAACUGGCGGGUGAAGAUACACUUCCUCCGAGACCACGGUUCAUUUGAUAUCACGGUGGAGAACGUCUAUAUCAAAGUCAACCUGAAACUGGGAAACGACGCCUCUGGGAAACCCACCAUUGACACAUCUUAUUGCAGCACCCGCAUCUCCAAAGUCCGAGUACGCUUUUCGGGCAAGUUAGGAUGGCUUUAUAACCUCUUCCAUAAUGUUAUUGAGUCCAGAUUCCGGAAGAUUUUGGAGAGCAAGAUCUGUGAUAUCGUGGUCAAAUCUGUGCGCAGUGACCUCCAGCCGUACGUCCAGACCUUGCCAGUCACAGCCAAGAUAGAUGCCAUUGCUGGCGUUGAUUACUCCUUGGUAGGACCUCCGAUGGCUACCACCCAGUCCCUGGAUGUGCCAAUGAAGGGUGAAUGCUAUUCCCUGGCCCAACGCUCCGCCGUCCCCUUCUCUCCACUGGCACUGACCUUGCCCCCGGAUCACGACCGCAUGGUUUACUUUGGGGUCUCCAGCUAUUUCUUCAACACAGCCAGCUUUGCCUACCAUGAAGCUGGAGCGCUGGUCUUCGAAAUCACAGACUCCAUGAUCCCAAAGACUGUUGAGUUCCACUUGAAGACCACCACCUUCUCAGCCUUUAUUCCCCAGCUGGAAGAGUUGUACCCAGACAUGCAGAUGAAACUCAGGCUCUCUGCCCCUUCCGCCCCAUUCCUGAACAUUGGACCAGGAGGUCUCUCACUCAGGCCUGUCGUGGAUAUCCAGGCUUACGCCAUCCUUCCCAACUCCAACCUGGCUCCUCUCUUCCUCCUCAGCCUGACAGGCAACGUGUCCGCUGUCAUUGAUGUGAAAUUUGGCCACAUCAUUGGGAACCUGACUGUGGGCAGCUGGGGGUCCCUGGCCCCCCAUCCCCUCUCAACUCCGCAGGUGAGAACAAUGCAGUCCAUAAUGAACAUCUUUGCUUCCAAUAUCCUCGUCCCACAUAUUAAUGACAGGUUAGGUCAAGGUUUCCCUCUGCCUCUGCUGGACAGAAUACAGCUCUCUGAUAUCGUCGUGCAGUUUCACCAGAAUCUACUGCUGCUUGGAGCAAACGUUCAGUAUCAGCCCCGGGUAUAGAGAUAAGGUGACAAGAAGGACUUCAAGCACCAAUGAUGCCCCCUUUGCCUCUUCCCUCCACCCAGCCCCGAGCAGUUCUGCUGCAGUGUCCCUCGCUGCCCGCCUUGCCCUGGACCACAGCCAGGGACAGAAGCACCCCUGUGUCCCCCCACAGCUACUGAGAGCUGGGGGUCCCUGGCCCCCCAACCCCACCCUGGUUCCCCUCCCACUUCGCCUGAUCCCGAGGCAGUUGUUGGCAAUAAAGGCGUCCAGCACUGGGA